UUAUUUGUUUCAGCCAUGGCUGUUGCAUGGCCAGUAAAAUAUGUUGCUGCAUUAUUCUGGCCUGAACCUUGGGGUGACCUCUAUUCCCUUCUCUCUAAACUGCUGGGGGAGAAGGAGGAUGUUGUCCACAUGCAUAAGUACAACUCUGCAGAGGCGGCCCAAGCCCAGAAACGUCUGAUGGCAGAGAUUGAUAGCAUAAUGCCAAAAAAAGACCUAGGCUGGCCACGUUUAGGCUACAAAACAAAAGCGGAUGCAAUUCUGGUGAGGGACAGAGUGCACAAGUUUCACCAGUUAGAGUCCACUGUCAGCCCCUCGAGGAGCAGGACGGUACCCGCCAGACAGCCGACCACAGGGGAGGCUCAGAGGGACCAACAAGGUGCUCAUCUGGUGGAGGUGUCAGACUGGCCCGAGGCAGAUCUGCAGCUGGGGCAGGUGUCUGGUUUGGCUCUCAACUCUAACGGUGACCUUAUCAUCUUCCACAGAGGAGAUCACAUAUGGGGAAUUAACUCCUUCAUCAAUGGCAUCUAUCAGCAGAAGGAUCUGGGUUCCAUCCAGCAGUCCACAAUCACGGUGGUGGAUCCAGUCAAAGGAAAAGUGCUCAAAACCUCAGGAAGAAAUAAGUUCUAUAUGCCGCAUGGAAUAACUACUGACAAGGACGAUAAUUACUGGCUGACCGAUGUAGCACUUCAUCAGGUGUUCAAACUGAGCAGCGAUGGUCAAGAUCGACAGCUUCUGGUCUUGGGAGAAGCCUUUGAACCAGGAAGUGACAAGAAACACUUCUGCCAGCCUACAGAUGUGGCCGUGGACCCUGUUACUGGAAACAUCUAUGUCUCAGACGGCUACUGCAACUCCAGGAUCCUCAAAUUCUCACCAGAGGGCAAAUAUAUCUCACACUGGGGAGCAGGCUCCUCAGACAGAAAACGGCGUGUCCCGUUCUGGAUCCCACAUAGCCUGACCUUCCUGCCGGAUAAACGGGAGCUGUGUGUGGCCGAUCGAGAGAACGGACGUAUUCAGUGCUUCAUGGCAGAUACUGGCGAGUUUGUGAAGGAGAUCAAAAAAGAGCAGUUUGGAGGAGAAGUGUUUGCCAUUGCAUACUCGCCUGCCCAAGGUGGUCUCAUGUAUGCUGUAAAUGGAGAGCCUCCGUAUGGGCAGGCCGCCCCCCUUCAAGGCUUUGUUAUCAAUUAUUCAACCAAAGAGAUCCUGGAUUCCUUCAGUCCAGACAAACAGGAAUUUAAAUUACCACACGACAUUGUUGUUACAGAAGACGGGAGCGUCUUUGUUGGAGACGCAGCAUCAGAUUCUGUAAUAAAGUUUGUUCUAUCUGAAAAGGCAGAACAUCGCUCUGUUAAAAAAGGAGGAAUCGAGGUCCAAGAAAUUGAAGAAACAGAAGCGUUUGUGCAGGCCAAUCUGAAGCCGUUCGCCAAGCUCCCGCCUCGGCAUCCAGUAGAUGCAGUGCAGAAGAUGCAGGAGCCGUCACAGAAGCAGCCUCCUCAGCCGCUGGUGGCUCCUGAAGAGAAGAAGACGCUCAAGAGCGUGGCCAGUCAGAGCACUCAGGGCGUGUCCACCGCCAUCAUCACCUCUCUACUGCUCGUCCCACUGGUGCUCGUCAUCGCCAUCGGUGUCUGUCUCCGCUGGAAGAGGGGCCGCAUGGACAGGGAUGAUUGCCAGGUGAAGUCAGAGCCUUCAGGAUCAGCAGGAGGAAUCCUGGGUAAAAUCAGAGGCAAAGCUGCAGGAAGCUUGAACCUGGGGAAUUUCUUUGCCUCCCACAAAGGUUACACCCGGCAGGGCUUCGACAGACUCAGCACCGAGGGAAGUGACCUGGAGAAAGAUGAAGAGGACGGCACCGACUCUGAGAACGAGGAGUACUCCGCUCCGCCUGUCCCCGGACCCUCGUCCUAAAGAGCCCACGCUUGAUGGUCUUUCUGCUAGCGCUGUCAGGAUGUAAUUUAAUCACCUCUGUAUUCGUUUGUAUCAGCUGCUGAAACAUUUUAUCUGGUGUGAAAAUGUUCUCUGAGACCUAUGACUGACAUUUUAAUUGAUGAUUUUAAGGGACCACGUGGAGAUUCAGAGCACUGGUCAUUUUGAUGAUAGACUUCUCAUUAUUAUUUUUAACAGGAGGGUAAAGGUAGAUUAUUUAUUUAGUUUUAAUGAUGAACAGCUGUUCAAUCUCUUCCAGUAAUUUAGCAGUGCAAUUAAUAUAUUAUUGAUCCAGGCAUUUUGUGUCCUAACAUUUCUGUAUGUCUGUGCCUUCAUGUAUUUCGCCUUCUGCAGCACCUACAGUAUAUAUUACUACAGAUGUGCCACAUAUUGAAGAGCUGCUACUGUCACCUGUGAUUCGAGUUGUUGUUUUUUUGCAUCUGAUAAAAAAGAAAAAAAAAAGAUUACAAAUUUAAGGCUGUAUUUACUACAUUUUCAAAGCUACUGCGAUGUGUCUGAUAUUUGUUGUGAAACUGAGGUUUUAUUGCAAGAAAACUAUUUUCAGUAACAAUGUUAUUUGUGUAAUAAAGUGUCUGCAAAGCAUCA